UUUGUCGGCAGUUUUCAAGUGCGCACAUCAGGCGCGCUUCAAUCCAAUCCACCAGUUCUCAACAGUGCUUACCCAAAAAAAACCCCAUAACUCAAGCCAGUGUCAAGUGUCAAUAAAAAAAAAAUUGAAACUUCUUUUUAAUAUAGAAGCCUCUUGUUGUGUGUGUUCCUGAAAUGUUCCUGGGAUCUGUAGUCUAUUUGGGACUGUGCUGCUUUCUGUUGACUCAUCAUUGCGCACAAGGUCAGGCAAAUAAAGUGUCAUCCAAGCUGGAUUUCGAUGACAUGGAGAGCAACAACAACAACCAAACGGGUGUGCCAGUUAUAAGCGGACAGGGGCAGGGACAGGGACAAGGACAGGGGCAACAGGGUAGUGGUAGCGGUGGCUAUGAUCCGGGAACUGGACGCGCUGCAAAUGCAGGUGGGGGCGGAGCAACUGGAUCUGGUGGAGGCAACAGUGGCAACCGGCCAAAGAUACACGGAGUGCGUGUUACAGUCGAUACGGGCGAUGGGCAGCAGCAGACGAAAGCAGAGUCCAAGGAGAGUGUCGAAAUUACGGACUUGGGUAAACACAAGAAACGUGUGGGCAUCCACACGGACAUCACGUUCGAGAUAACGGCCGAGGGGGACGCAAAUGAGACGAGUUCCGCCCAGCAGCAGGGGGAGAAGGAGGAUGCCAGCGUGCCCAUUUAUAAGGGUCGUGCCAGCAGCAACGAUGGCAAGCACAAGUCGAGAACACACCACGAUCCCAAGUCACAAUGGAAUCCCAACUUCUCCAGCGAGCAUCGUGGCUACGAUGUCGGCAGUCGAGGUGGCUCACGGUCCAGCUCAGAUGGCUACUAUCCGCAGUAUUAUCCACAGCAUGUGUAUACGAGUGCCGGUGUGGAUGCCGGCAACAUCUAUCGCAACGGGGAAAGCUGGACACACUAUGUGCCCGUGUGGACCACAGAGCGUUCACCGCAUGAGCAGAGCCAGGUGCAACGACGCCCCUCCUGGAAGCCCUGCUACUGCAUGUCCUCAUAUGGCACCGACUACAGACGUCGUCGGGAUAGCAAGACCAACAGAAGAAGCGACACUGGAAUCAAGGGUAUAGUCAAAAGUCACGCUGUGCACAUCGAUGGCAAGUUGGAGCAGCCCUUCUCCUGAACAACGCAUCUCCAUCUAAAUUACACUGCUUACAAAAAUAACUGCAUUGGUUGUGUAGAAAAAAUGAUUCAAUUCCACAAAGAAAUGCGCCGAAUAAAAUGGAUUCCAAUUAUAAAUCAAAAAGAUCAAAAAUCCAUCUGGAGACGUUUAAGACGAACGCAAACAACAAA